ACGCCUCGAGUGCACUCACAGUCACACAAAGAAAACUGCACACACACACACACACACACACACACACACACACACACACACACACUGCAAGGUGGAGUGAGGGAGAAAGAGAGAUUUGUAGUGAGAUCGAGGAGCUAGGAGCGAUCAUGGCGUGGAGGGAGAGCUACUUGGACCUGGUGCUGAUCCCCGUGGGCCUCCUCUUCCCGAUCGUGUACCACAUGUGGCUGUGGCGCGCGGUCCGCAGCUGCCCGCUGCGCUCCACCAUCGGCAUCAACGCCGCCGCACGCCGCCUCUGGGUGCUCUCCAUGAUGAAGGACAACGAGAAGAAGGCGGUGCUGGUGGUGCAGUCGCUGCGGAACGUGAUCAUGGGCUCCACGCUGGUGGCCACCACGUCCGUCCUCUUCUGCACCGGCGUGGCCGCCGUGCUCAGCAGCACCUACGCCGUCAAGAAGCCGAUCAGCGACGCCGUCUUCGGCGCGCACGGCGAGUACAUGAUGGCGCUCAAGUACGUGGCCCUCCUCACCGCCUUCCUCCUGUCCUUCCUCUGCCACACCCUCGCCAUCUGCACCUUCAACCAGGCCACCUUCCUCGUCAACGCCCUCUCCCACCUCUUCGCCCUCCCCAACGGCGGCCGCCACCUGCCGGUCAACAAGGAGUACGUCCUCGAGGUCCUGGACAGGGGGUUCCUGCUCAACUUCGUCGGGAACAGGCUCUUCUUCGGCGGCGUUCCGUUUCUGCUGUGGAUUUUCGGGCCGGUGCUGGCGUGCCUCUGCUCCAUGGUCAUGAUCCCGGUACUGUACAACAUCGACAUGGUGUACAUCGAGAGAGGAAAGGGUGGCGAGGUCAGUGACAAAAUGGAGACGACCGAUGCCGACAGUGACGACGGCAUGCAAGUCUGAUCGACCUUUCAUUCGAUCGUUGGUGACACGAUCGACGAUAUGGGCGCAGCAACAACGAUCAACGGAUGUUAAUUAAUUUCGUAUUCAAAAAUCCAUGCGCGCGCCUUUGUUUGGAACAUGGGAAUUGUUGUUUCAUUUUCCUAAACCAAUUCUGGCUAAACUUCGACAAAAUUUAUGUUUCCAAAGAGGCCCUGCAUCUGCAUGCAUGUGAGACAAGUCAUCAGACAGGAAAUAUAUAUGCCAUUCAAUUGUUGGUACUA